UGGCUUUAUCGGUCGUCGUCGGCCUCCUGUUGUCAGUCUUGCCCGUCUUUGUAUUUUUCUUUCUCCAUCUUUCCGGGAGAACCAGGGGGCCGGGCUGUUGAUCUUGAUUGUCGAGUAUUUUGAUUGGUUCAACUCCAAGUCGCGAGAUUAGCUCGCAUUUUUCAUUCGUUUGGCAGUGAGUUAUGGUGUUUUUUCGAAGCGUUUCUCUGCUUUCUAGGCUCCGCUCUCGAGCUGUCCAACAAUCUAAUAUUGGAAAUUCCGUCCGGUGGCUACAAAUACAGAGCUCCUCUGAUCUUGACCUUCACUCUCAGCUGAAGGAACUUAUUCCAGAACAACAGGAGCGCCUGAAGAAAAUAAAGUCAGAAUAUGGAAAAGUUCAAUUGGGAAAUAUUACUGUUGAUCAGGUAAUUGGCGGCAUGAGAGGAAUGAUAGGUCUACUGUGGGAAACCUCAUUACUUGACCCAGAUGAGGGAAUUCGCUUCAGAGGUCUAUCAAUUCCUGAAUGCCAGAAGGUGUUACCAGCAGCAAAACCUGAUGGAGAACCUUUGCCCGAGGGCCUUCUUUGGCUUCUUUUGACUGGAAAGGUACCAAGCAAAGAGCAGGUUGAUGCCUUAUCCAAGGAACUACGUAGCCGUGCCACUGUUCCAGAUUAUGUUUAUAAGGCAAUUGAUGCUCUUCCAACCACAGCUCAUCCAAUGACUCAGUUUGCAACUGGUGUUAUGGCCCUACAGGUUGAGAGUGAAUUUCAAAAGGCAUAUGAGAAAGGGAUUCCAAAAACAAAGUAUUGGGAGCCAACAUAUGAAGACUCUCUUAGCUUGAUUGCUCGUGUGCCUGUCGUGGCUUCAUAUGUUUACCGAAGGAUAUACAAGGAUGGAAAGAUUAUUCCUAUGGAUGACUCCUUGGAUUAUGGUGGGAAUUUCGCACAUAUGUUGGGUUUUGAUAGUCAUCAGAUGCAAGAGCUUAUGAGGCUUUAUGUCACCAUUCAUAGUGACCAUGAAGGAGGGAAUGUUAGUGCUCAUACUGGCCACCUAGUUGCUAGUGCUCUUUCGGAUCCCUAUCUUUCAUUUGCAGCUGCAUUGAAUGGCUUAGCUGGGCCACUCCAUGGUCUGGCUAAUCAGGAAGUCUUGCUCUGGAUUAAAUCUGUGGUAGACGAAUGUGGAGAGAACAUUACCACGGAGCAGCUGAAAGACUAUGUCUGGAAAACACUAAAUAGUGGCAAGGUUGUCCCUGGUUUUGGGCAUGGAGUUUUGCGUAAAACUGAUCCAAGAUACACAUGUCAGAGAGAGUUCGCAUUAAAGCAUUUACCUGAUGAUCCUCUGUUCCAGCUGGUUUCAAAACUUUACGAAGUUGUGCCUCCUAUCCUUACUGAGCUGGGAAAGGUGAAAAACCCCUGGCCCAAUGUCGAUGCACACAGUGGAGUGUUGCUCAACUACUUUGGUUUGACUGAGGCGAGAUAUUUCACAGUUCUCUUUGGUGUGUCGAGGAGUAUUGGGAUAUGCUCUCAGUUGAUAUGGGACCGAGCUCUUGGAUUACCACUUGAGAGGCCAAAAAGUGUUACAAUGGAAUGGCUUGAAAAUCAUUGCAAGAAAGCUGCUUCAUCAUGAGAGCUUAAAUACUGUUUCAUAAUUACCCUCCCCAAUAAUACAAUGCACGGGUUUUGCGAUGGAUGAAAAGCUUGUGGAGUUGCCACAUCUAUUGGUGGUGGUCAUAAAAUUUCUAGCCUUUCAACGUUCCUGAUUCCGUAGAUUCUUUCCUCGUUUUUGAUUCAGAGUAAGAGUAUUGUUAUUCUGAUCAAGUAUUCAGCAAUUUGGUUGACGGUGGCAAAGCUUUUGCGAUGAACUUGUUGAGUCCUUUUAUUAGAGCAUACGAAUAAAAUAGUGUCUUAGAUUACUGUUUUUUUUUCCUUGUCAUGUUGGUCUCCAGUAAGAGCUCUUUGUUAUUGGCCGUCCACUUUUUAACUCCUGGUUGAUUCAUUUAUUGUUAGCUGUAAAAGUUUGCCUAAA